CCAUACGAAUACCAGCCUCUAGAUCAAGAAGCCCAGGAAAUCAGACUUCUUCGCUUAUUGCCGGGCGAAUUCGAUGAUCCUAUACAGCUCGAGGUCUUCCAUGCACCACUCGUUGAGCCAGAACCAGCGCCAGAUACCAGGCUUAGUAUGAACGAAAUCCUCCAAACUGUGCCUGAUGGAUGGGAUCUUCACCAGACUGUCGAAGGGCGGUACAUUUUCUGGAAUAAAAAUGUUAAAUCUACGCAAUGGAUGCAUCCGAAGCCAGAUGUCGAGAAGAGUCGAUACCAUUGCGAUGCGGUAUUGGAUCCAUAUCCAGGGUUUAAGCCCGUAUAUGAAGCAUGGUAG